AUGAGUGAACUCAACAACAUCAACUCGAUUGCUACCCCCAAGCAGGGCGAGUUCAAGCCCAGUGUCCAGCCUACCAACGCCCCCCAGGAGCACGGUGGUCACAAACCCGGCGUCAAGGCAACCCCCGGCGACUACGCCCCCGAAUUCCACGCCGAAACACACCCCCCCGGCACCGCCCCCGCCAGCAACUCCUUCACCCCUAACACCAUCAACGAGCCCGGCAGCCAGGCAAAUAACCCCAGCGUCGAGCGCGGCCACGGCAAGGAGUCCGUCAAGACCUCUGCAGCGGAUACUCUGCAGGGGGCUACAUCGCAGGAUGUCUACACCGGUAUCGGCCACCCGGUUUCUGGAAUGACCAGCAGCGAGCUUAGACAUGAUGGUCAAAGCCACCGUAAGCACGUUGGUGGUGGUCUCGAGGGUGUUGGUGCUAGCAGAGAGCCUGGCUUUGAGCGUUAUAUCCCUGGCCAGCGGGGUCUGGAGCGCGAUCAGGCCCAUGGUGGCCAGCGUGGUGACAAGGGUGCCCUUGGCGCAGAGAAUGUCCAGCCUGAGUCGGCUUAG